ACCGCAUCAAAUUUCUUUUUUCUAUAUAAAAGGAAUUCAUGUUAAAAUGUUUAAAAUAUUCUAAAAAGAUUUUGAUGAUACUAGAUCAGAAGGACUUGAUUAAUCUAUAAAAAUUAUAGAUCUAUAUAGUUGUUAAAAUGGAGGUUAUUGGAAGGAAAAAUUCUGAUACUAAUAGUGUAAUAUGUAAACAUUGUGCAGAUGAAAACAAGCGUGUACCAGCGAAUGGUUUAUGUCGGGAAUGCGAGGAACAUAUGUGUAUUGCAUGUUUCGGUAACCACAAAAAAUACAAAGUGUGUAAAGACCAUGCUUUGAUAGAUAUUGAUUCAAAAGUUGAAGAUGAAAAGACUGAAACUGAGGAUGAUGCAUUUGUUCCGUGCCCUCAGCAUAUGAAAGAACAGCUGAAGUUUUAUUGUACGUGCCACGAUGAUGUUGGAUGUGGCGACUGCAUGGUUCUGAAUCACAAAUCUUGUAAUGUUGAAUACAUAGCCGACGUAGCUAGAGCGUUCAAGGAUAGCGAGACAUUUAAAGACAUCGUUAAACAAGUUGGUGCUUGUCAAACUGAAGUAGAUAAAUGCGACAAAUCAAUAGAACAUAACAAAACACUGGUACAUGAUACACAUGAAGGAUUUCUUGCCGGUUUAAAAUCAUUCCGUGACGAAUUAAAGCUAAAAUUGGAGCAACUGGAAGCAGUUUUAUUGGAAAAAGCAAACGCUGUCAAAGAAAGAGAAACGAAACGUAUGGAUGCAAUUGGACACGACUGUGAAGAACUUAAAGGUGAUCUGACACAAAUAUGCAACAGAAUUGAGUCAAAUUGUUCACAAACAAAUGUAUUCAUCGCAACAGUUCAGGCCAAAUGUGCCAUGAAGGAAAUUGAACUUAAUCUUGGUAAAAUUCAGUCACAGAACACAAUCAGCAAAUAUACGUUCAAACGAAAUGAUAAAAUAGAAGAGUUGCUAAGGGAAACGGAACUUGGGAUCAUGGAUGAAAUCAUGGACGAUGAAACACCUGUCCCUGCUUCGCAAGAACACAAAGGCUACGAAGUUGCUACUUCGUCAAAAACUGACUCUCUGGCAAGGAAUACAUUGAGAAAUGAUGAAUUAAAUCUAGAUGGGUAUGAAAAAGCCAAACCCCUGUCCCCACAUUAUUCUAACACAGACCUAACAUGCAGAGAAUGUCAAACAGUAAUAUCAACAGGAGAUUAUGAGAAACCUAUAUCAUCUAAAGAUAUUGCGGGAAAAUGUGCCUCUACUUAUGAAGACACGUUGUCUAUAUCCUCAACACAAGAUUAUGAAGAUUUGAUAUAUGAGGAAAUUCCACAGUCAAAGAUUACCCGAAGGAAAAGUUCCUCUAAACGGAAAAGCUGGUCCUUAUUUGAGAAUCAGUUGAAAUGUGAAAACAUUCUAAUGGCUGGUGACAUCGUAACUUUCAAAGACAACAAUAAAGGGGACAUAGGUCUGUUUGUAUGGAAGAGAUCUGUAAAAGCGGGGACAUAUUUUGAAGUUGAAAUUAUCAACACCGAGAGCAAUGGAAAUAUUUCUAUCGGCUUUAUACCAAAAGAUUAUUCAUUGAAAGAACAGCCUGGGGAUGGCCGUUUCUCAAUGGGCUUUCACUCCGCGGAUGGCUGUAUUCAUUGUGAGGACGCACCACACAAACGUAUCAGUGCGCCGUGCAAAAAUGGUGACGUCAUCGGUUUUGGGGUGUGUUCGUUCCUUUCCAACGUGUUCAAGACGAGCAUGUCAAUUUCAGUUACCAAAAAUAGUCAAAAGAUUGGUACACUGGACGUUAAUAACCCAUCCUUUUGUAAGCUGUUCCCUGCCGUUGGCUUAAAGUCUAGUAGCGACAAAGCAAGGGUCAUAAUGGAUGUUAAAAUGCCGUAAUAAGAACCGUCAGUGAGUAUGAAGUAAACUACAAGUGACGUAUAGGAGCACUGUCUUUGGUCGUAAACACAAAUUCAAAGUUUUGGCCUUUAAACAACGUCGCAGAAGCAACAUUCCAGCUUUUAACAGAAGAGCUACAUUAUUUACUUUAAACAGAGAAGCAGUUUCGUUUUAGCUUUAAACGGAGGAGCGCAGCAAUGUAUUUUGUUUUAAUAACAGAAGCAACGCUUAAGGGCAGCGUUUUAGUCCUCAACAGAGGAGCAACGUUUUAACUUUAACUUUAAACCUACGUAUUUUGCCUUCAGCACAGGGAGCAACGUUUAAGCAUAAAAUACAGGAGCAACAUUUUAGCCUAAAACACAGGAGCAACGUUUUAGCCUAAAUAUAGGAGCAACAUUUUAGCCUAAAAUACAGGAGCAACAUUUUAGCCUAAUCGCAUGAGUGACAUUGUUGUGUCUUAAACCGAGGAGUCACGUUUUAGCCAAAAACACAAGCUCUCUCCAACUAUCUUGUUGUUUUGUUUUUGCUUUUCAAAUCGGAAAGGUUAUUUUAACAUUCCUUUUAUAUAAUAUGCCCCGUUAGCUUCAACGACUGAUGAUCUUUGCACGUGAGCAUGCGCACCAGACAUUUAUCAAACAAGAACACAGCCAUUGUUGGACAAAAUUGACAAAAUACAAUGUAGAUCUUAAAUGGUCUGAUAACGAUAUAAAUUACAUAAAUGCAAUAAAUAACAUUGACUACCAAGUAUCUAAAUAGUCUAUACAAGUGUUCAUGCAAUUUCACUGGAUAUUAUUAGUCAUAAAAAUUUUUGGCGUGCACGUCUGUAACGAAGCUUUUCAUUGGAUAAUCGUGACGUUUAUAUAGUUUUAUAUUUACGACUGUUGUCUAUUUAUGAAGAAAUCUUACCUUUUGUCUAAGAAAAAAUUAUGCUUGCUGUAUUAUAAAUUCGUUAUAAAGAUUUUUGACAGGUUAUAUGACCGUAUAUAAACGGUUGUUUGCAAUAUAGAGGCUUUGGUUAUAUUUCCAAACAACCGUUUAAUCAAAGCCAUAUAAUCUGUCAAAAAAACUUAAUAAAUAAUAUUAUUAACGGUUGUUUGGAAAUAUAGCCCGAGCCACUGACUACCUUUUUUGGAGAUUUCUUCAUAAAGUGACAGCAGCCUGUAUUCAAAAUUGUAUAUAAACAAUCGGAAAGAAAGAGAUACUUGCGUAGAACAUGAUACCUGCGGACAGCGCAAAGUGAAUACGGAAACGAAUUUUUUUUAAAAGGCUUUCUUUUCUUUACUAUUAAUUGUCUCAUUUGUUUGGUUUAGGAAUUAUUUUCAUAAAUGACGACAAUUUGUUUUUUGCUUAAAAACAUGUUUCACCCAUACGAAUUAAUAAUAAUACAUGUAAACAUUUUGCCGGAGCAAAAUUUUGUAGUAACUGUUGUCGUUUUGAAAUUAUGAAAAAAGAGUUUAAACACACAAU